ACCAUGGGCUGCACCGUGAGCCAGGAGGAUAAAGCCGCGGCCGAGAGGUCCAAAAUGAUUGAUAAGAACUUGCGAGAAGAUGGAGAGAAAGCGGCUAGAGAAGUCAAACUGCUGCUACUUGGUGCUGGGGAGUCUGGAAAGAGCACUAUUGUAAAGCAGAUGAAGAUUAUCCACGAGGAUGGCUACUCAGAAGAGGAAUGCAAACAGUACAGAGCAGUUGUGUACAGCAACACCAUCCAGUCCAUCAUGGCCAUAAUAAAAGCCAUGGCAAACCUCAAGAUUGAUUACGAGGACCCUGCAAGGGCGGACGACGCUCGCCAACUGUUUGCCCUGUCUGCAGCUGCAGAGGAGCAGGGCGUCUUGCCGGACGACCUGUCAAAUGUCAUCCAGCGACUGUGGGCCGACGGCGGUGUCCAGAGCUCCUUCACGCGGGCCCGAGAGUAUCAGCUCAAUGAUUCUGCUUCCUACUAUUUGAAUGACUUGGAGAGGAUAGCCAAGCCUGAUUACAUCCCUACACAGCAAGAUGUGCUGCGAACCCGAGUGAAGACCACAGGCAUUGUGGAAACACACUUCACCUUUAAAGACCUGCACUUCAAGAUGUUUGAUGUUGGAGGCCAGCGUUCAGAAAGGAAGAAGUGGAUCCACUGUUUUGAGGGCGUUACAGCCAUCAUCUUUUGUGUGGCCAUGAGCGCUUACGAUCUCGUCCUUGCUGAAGAUGAGGAGAUGAACCGCAUGCACGAGAGCAUGAAGCUAUUUGACUCAAUCUGCAACAACAAGUGGUUCACAGAGACAUCCAUCAUCCUCUUCCUCAACAAGAAGGACUUGUUUCAGGAGAAAAUCACCCAAAGCCCGCUGACUAUCUGUUUCCCUGAGUACACAGGCCCUGACAAGUAUGAGGAGGCGCAAGCCUACAUCCAGACUAAAUUCGAGGACCUGAACAAGAAGAAAGAUACCAAGGAGAUUUAUCCCCACUUUACGUGUGCCACCGACACCAAGAACGUGCAGUUUGUGUUCGACGCCGUCACCGACGUCAUCAUCAAGAACAACCUGAAGGACUGCGGCCUCUUCUAA